AUGGAUGCACAAGAUCUUUCGGCGCCGGUGAAGGUCUUUGACUUCAUGCUGGGGCCCCAGAUCGACAAGUUGGUGCGUGAUGCAUUCAUGCAGUAUCCUUUAUAUCCUUUCAUCCGCAGGCCAACUCUGGUUCCUAUCAGGCUGAAUGUGUAUUUGUUUGUUGCAGCAUUUGUGCGUGUUGUGACUCGCGAUCCCUCGCGCAGAACAGACUAUGACAUCGCGAUGUCCUCCUUGCAGAUGCACAGCUGCACAGUCAAUGCAGUGCAGAAAGGCAUCGCCAACCAGGCAGGGCCCUUUCACGUUGGUGAAUUUGCCCUUGAAAUGGCCCGCUGGAAGGAGAGCAACCAUCUGGAGGCGGCUUGCGCAUCAUUUGUCGUAGUCACGAGGGUGCCUGUUUCUGGCAGGCAGCGAGCCUCGAAGAAGCGCUUGAGCCGUGGAUGUACAAACUCUUUGAGCCGCUGUUAUGCAAACCGAGCCCCCGGAGCAGGCGGGUUGGAAGUUGGAAGCGGGUUGUUUGCGUCGAAGUAG